GCCCGGCCGCGCAAUGUCCGGCCCUCGGCUCGGCGAGCCGGGCGGCCGGCCGGGCGGCCCUUGUCCUUGUGUGCCCCCGAGCCCGGGCAGGGCGGCGGGGCGGAGCGGCUCCUCCGCAGGCGGGGGGCGGUGCUGCCGGCGGCGAUGGCGGCGCUCGUGGUGGCGGUGGCGCGGUCCUUCCGCCGCGGCCCCGCCGGCCUGGGGACAGCGCUCCGGCGAGCGGCGAUGGGCGGCCCCUGCGGCCGGGGGCGGCCGGGGACUCAGGUGCUUAGAAAAAGCCUGCAGAGGGGGGUUGUGCUUUCAGCAGGGUCCUUUUUGGUUUAUGAAGCUCAUAAACUGAUUUCUGGCUUUGCUGAGGUUCAUGCAAGCUUCAAAGUGGAAGAUGUGAUAGAACAAGCAGACUACCUGUAUGGGAGUGGAGAAACUGAAAAGCUGUAUCGGUUGCUGGUUCAGCAUAAAAAUAGCGAUGAUGCAGAGUUGUUGUGGCGGCUGGCACGGUCAUCACGGGAUCUGGCUCAGCUUGGUAGUACUUCUGCAGAGGAGAAGAGACAACUGACCUAUGACUCCCUUGAGUAUGCAAAAAAGGCACUUGAAAAAAAUGAAUCAAAUUUUGCAGCACACAAGUGGUAUGGAAUUUGCCUCAGUGAUGUUGGAGACUAUGAAGGAAUCAAGACUAAAAUUGGAAAUGCCAUUAUCAUCAAAGAGCAUUUCCAGAGAGCCAUUGAACUGAAUCCAAAAGAUGCUACGACAAUUCAUCUUAUAGGGAUUUGGUGUUACUCCUUUGCUGAGAUGCCAUGGUACCAAAGAAAAAUAGCUGCAACACUGUUUGCCACACCACCAACCUCCACAUUUCAAGAGGCUCUUCGUUACUUCCACAUGGCAGAAGAAGCUGAUCCAAAUUUCUACAGCAAAAAUUUGCUCUUUUUGGGGAAAACAUACUUGAAGUUAAACAAUAAGAAGAUGGCUCUUCUGUGGUUAAGCAAAGCAAAGGAGUACCCUGCACAAACAGAGGAGGACAAACAGGUACAGAAAGAAGCUUUGGAGCUGCUUAAUUCUAUAUAAGAAGAAACAAGAUAAUGGGAAUUCAGUGCCUCAGGUUUGAGCAGCAUAGGAAAAAGGCCCCAAAUACUACUUUGGUUUACUGUAGCUGUUACUAAAAGUACAGCUCAGACCUUCUAUCUCCCUCUCAUUUCUAUUAAACUCUGAACUGGAAGAUGUGUUUCA